AUCCAAGCAUCCUGGUUGUCAGUAUAGGAAUUCCAAGGCUGCUCAUCAUCAUGUCUCUUCGGAAAACAGCCUGUCAGUCAUGUGUAGCGGCUAAACGGCGCUGUGAUAGAGAGAUCCCCGCGUGUUCGCGAUGUUGCAAACGUUCUCUAACAUGCCAAUAUCCCUACCCAACCUCAGAAUUGGAACCGUGUGAACAGACCAACCCACCCUUCGAUGGCUCCUUUGGUUUGGAUCUUUCAGUCGAACCGGAUGGCUUUGACUUUGACUUUGACCUUGACCUUGACCUUGGCCUUGACAUCGACCUCGACCUCGACCUCGACCUCGACCUAGUAUUCCGACAGCUCCCAGAACCAGGAUCGCAGCUCGCACCACUCGAGAAGCGAGUCUUGGAGUUCUGGCCCCGCGUUGAUGACCAUGAAGCCUGGGACUUCUGCACCCGCAGGUUCCAUUCCGACAUCGAGAUCUUCGUCCACUCCGGAACCACACCACUCAUACACCCCUCGAUCUACCCCAGAGCAGAGAACGGCGCCGCGAUUCUCCCCCGGUUUCUCCGAGAAGCGUACGGCGUAUGUGCCGCGUAUCAGCUACGACCCUACACACAACACCCGUUCUACCGCCAGCUCCUGGACCAGGCGCUCAACACCCUCCUCGCCAUCCACGAGGAUGCUCUGCCCCCGCACAACCCCAUACCCGAGCUCCUGGACCGAACGCAAGCCCUCAUCCUCUACUACACCAUGACGUUCCUGGCCGGUGGCCCACCACCACACGACACUCAUCUGGCAACCCAACUAGAGACGGCAUUGGCGCGCAGCACGGCCGAGCUGGAAAACAUCGAGCUAGCAGCGCGGACCUGUCCGGCGUUCCUGCCGGUGCACGUCGGGAACUCGCACAGUCGGCAUGUCUGUGAGAGCGCGCGCCGGCUGGUUGUACUCUCGUACCUGGUUCGUGCUGUGCGCUCGGUGCUCGAGGAUCGGCGAUGCGACCUGAUCCGGUAUCUGGCUGGGUUGCCGGUUUCGAAACAACAAGGCGCAGGAGGAGGAGGAGGAGGAGGAGGAGGAGGAGGAGGAUCCGAAACCGAUGUUGACGAGGUCAUAUCGUAUGACCAGUUUGUGCGGCGUUGGGAACGCGGAGUCAUUACCGAGGUGGAUGACUUUGGAGGGCUUUUGCUUGUUGCUUGCAAGGGGGUGGGUGCAUUAUACUGCCUGUCAUCCACGUCAGCUAUCAGUCAUGUAAACUCCGAGGACGAUUCUGUAGGUACAUCAGUCCUCAAAUAGAACAGUCAGUCACAGUAUCUACGUUCUAUAGCCUACCUCUGCAUGCCGAAAGGUGGAUGCGGACUGCGGAGUAAAGUGGAGACUGAUAAAUAAGUCUAUACAUAUGUAGUUUCCCGCAAAAUUAAUUUACCUUUUUCAAGAUUAUAUCAA